AUGGCACUUAGAGGUCAUGUGAGAGGAGGUGACACUGUUCGUCUGCUACAUGGACACACAGAUGAGUGUUUGACCGUCCCUGCAGCCAAGCACAAACAUGACAAGCACAGAUGUGUCCAUUUUGAAGGAGGCUUGGUCUCUCUUCAGGCUCGAUCUUUAUGGAGGCUUGAGGCAUUACAUGUUGUAUGGAGUGGCAGUCAUAUUCACUGGGGUCAAGCGUUUCGUCUGCGUCACCUCACAACUGGAUCAUUCCUGGGACUCACCCACGAUCAGGGGCUACAGCUGGUGGAAAGAGACAGAGCUGACGUUAAAUGUGCAGCUUUCGCCUUUCGAGCCUCAAAGGAGGAGAUCCACGAGAGCUCAGACUAUGUUAAGAGGAGAGAUGGCAUGGGUGCACCUGAGAUUAAAUAUGGAGACUCUCUCUGCUUCAUUCAGCAUGUGGACACUGGGCUUUGGCUCACAUAUCAGACCACUGACUCUAAGAGGCAGAACGAAAGCAUGUCACAGAGACAGGCUGUUCUUCAAGCAGAAGGUCACAUGGAUGAUGGCAUCACUCUGUCCCGUUCUCAGAGGGAGGAGUCACAAGCUGCGUGUCUCAUUCGAAGCUCCACCCUUCUCUUCUCACAAUUCAUUAGAGGACUAGAUGAUGUCACCCAGAAAGAAAACAUCACCAAUUUCAAUCUUCCAAUUGAGAUGAUCCGUCUAACCCUCCAAGAUUUGCUUGCUUAUUUUCAUUGUCCUGAAAUGGGGCAAGACCACAAGGUCAGACAGAGAGACAUUGGAGCACUGAAGAACAGACAAAAUCUUUUUCAAGAUGAGGGUAUAAUCACUCUGGUGCUGGACUGCAUUGACCACCUGCAUGUGUACAACAAUGCAGCUCAUUUUGCAGAGGCUGCUGGGAAAGAAGCAGGAGAGUCUUGGGAAAGGAUCUUGAGCACUUUUUAUGAACUAUUAGCUGCUCUUAUCAGGGGUAAUCGUAAUAAUUGUGCCCAGUUUUCUGGCUCUUUGGACUGGCUGGUCAGCAGGCUGGAGAGGCUAGAGGCUUCUUCUGGAAUAUUGGAAGUGUUACAUUGUGUGUUGGUAGAAAGUCCUGAAGCUUUGAAUGUUAUUAAGGAAAGUCACAUAAAAACCAUCAUCUCGCUUCUGGACAAACAUGGAAGAAACCAUAAGAUAUUAGAUGUGUUGUGUUCACUCUGUGUUUGUCAUGGGAUGGCUGUCCGCUCUAAUCAGCAUUUGAUUUGUGACACACUGCUGCCUGAAAGAGACCAGCUGCUACAGACAAGACUGAUUAACCAAGUUUCCAGUGUACGUCCAAACAUCUUUCUGUGUAUGAGAGAUGACAGCGCCCAAUACAAAAAGUGGUAUUAUGAGGUUGUAGUUGAGAAAGCGGAGGCGUUUGUGACAGCAGAGCCUACUCAUCUGCGAGUGGGAUGGGCCAGCACUGAAGGGUACCAUCCUUCACCCACUGGGGGUCACAACUGGGGCUCUAACGGUGUUGGAGAUGACCUCUGCUCUUAUGGCUUUGAUGGACUCCAGCUGUGGACAGGAGGUGUAGGUCGCCGAGUUAGCUCACCCAAUCAGCACUUGCUAAGGGAAGAUGAUGUCAUUAGUUGUUGUCUUGACCUCAGUGCAACCUGCAUCUCCUUCCGGGUCAAUGGACAGCCAGUUCAAGGCAUGCUGGAGAACUUCUGCGUAAAUGGACUGCUGUUUCCAGUGGUCAGCUUCUCUGCUAGAGUGCAGGUGCGCAUGCUGUUCGGAGGUCGACAGGGGGAGUUCAGGUUUCUUCCUCCUGCUGGAUUCUCUCCAUGUGCUGAAGCUCUUCUCCCCAAAACACGCUGCAAGCUGGAGCUGUGUCACGAACUCACUCGUAAUCACACUGAGACAGAGCGUGACCUCUUAGGCCCAGUGGUACCUAUUAGUCCAGUGACCUUCACACCCGUUCCAGUGGAUUCCAGCCAAGUUGAAUAUCCUCCACAGCUGGAGCAGAUCAGAGAACGGUUAGCUGAAAACCUCCACGAGCUCUGGCUUAUUGAUAAAAUAGAGCAGGGCUGGACCUACGGAACUGUUAAAGAUGAAGGCAAGAAAGUACAUUCAUGCCUAGUUGAGUUCUCCAAACUCCCAGAUCAAGAGCGAAUUCAUAACCUUCAGUCAUCUGAGGACAUCCUCAGAACUCUUCUGGCUUUUGGGGUUCAUAUUGGACUCUCUGAUGAACACACUGAGGAGAAAGUGAAAUAUGUUCGCCUUUCAAAUAAGUAUGAGCUAUGGAAUGGAUAUAAACCAACCCCUGUUGAUCAGUCCCGGGUUGUGCUAACAGCUGCUCAGGAAGAGCUGGUGGAAAUUCUGGCUGAAAAUGAACACAACAUCUGGGCCAGAGACCGAAUCAGGCAGGGCUGGAGCUAUGGCCCACAGCAGGAUGUAAAGUUUAAGAGAAGUACCCAACUAGUGCCAUUUUAUCUGCUGGAUGAGAGGCAUAAACAGGCUGGUAGAGAUGCCAUGAGAGAUGCACUGGGCACCCUUCUUGGGUUUGGAUACACUGUGGAACCGCUGGAACAAGAGCAUGCUUCAAGUAGCAGUGUCAAGUCUGUGGCUGCAGAGAGAUUUCGUAUUUUCCGUCUGGAGCAGCUCUUUGCGGUGCAUUCUGGUAAAUGGUACUUUGAGUUUGAGGCUGUAACUGAUGGAGAGAUGAGAGUUGGCUGGGCUCGACCUGGAUGUAAACCUGAUGUGGAUCUCGGGUCAGAUGAUCAGGCUUUCGUGUUUGAUGGCUCCAAGGGGCAGUGGUGGCAUGGUGGGGCAGAGCGAUUGGGUGGCCGCUGGAAUCAAGGGGACGUGAUUGGCUGUUUGUUGGAUCUGACAACUGACACUAUGAUGGUCACUCUCAAUGGAGAGCUACUGUUAAACAGUCUUGGUUCUGAAUUUGCUGUGAAAGACUUUAUUAAAUGUGAUGGUUUUCUGCCUGUUUGUAGUAUAGGUGUUAACCAGGUGGGUCGUCUGAAUUUGGGUUGCCAGAUAGAAUCAUUGAAAUAUUUCAAUGUUUGUGGCCUACAAGAGGGUUAUCAGCCCUUUGGUCUGAACAUGAGUAAAGAUCUACCACUCUGGAUGAGCUGGAGAGAGCCUUUGUUCAUUCCUAUACACGAUGACCAUCCUAACAUACAGGUGGUGCGCGUUGAAGGAACCGUCAACAACAUCCCAUGUCUAAAAGUAACUAAGAGGGUUUUUGCACAUGAAGAAAGGGGCAAUUGGAUUUACCGUCUCAGCAUGCCGAUAGAGUGUGCGCAGGUUUUUGCGGCCCCCGGUGAUGUUUCUGUGCCUCCCAGCAGCACUGCACUCUGUCAUCUCAGAGAUCCAGAGGACGGAGAAGCUGAUUCUGACUUUGAGCUGCUAAUGAAAGCUCACAGAUAUGCAGGAUCCAGAGAUGAACUCAAUAAUCACAAAGACCACAGUCAAGAGAAACCAUCCAGACUCAAACAGAGGUUUAUGUUGAAGAAGAAACCAGAGUUAAACACCAGUCACUCACUCAGCACGUGCUGGGAGGAAGUUCUAGCCAUCGAGAAAGAUGAAGAAAACCGUCUUGUUCAUUGCACUACGUAUUAUUACUCUGUGAGAAUCCCCUACAGUCAGGAGCCCUCUUGUGUUUGGCUCGGCUGGGUGACUUCUAAAUUCAGCCAAUAUGAUGUGAGCUUUGACCUAGACAGCAUUUGCACCGUCACAGUCACUCUUGGGGAUGAAUGGGGCAAAGUUCUUGUUAGCGUGAAGCGCAGCAGCUGUUACAUGGUAUGUGCAGCAGAGGGCAGUAGUUUAUCCCACAGUCGCAGCAGCAGUGGACUGGAGAUUGGAUGUCUGGUCGACACAGCCACAGCUCUGACAUUCACUGCCAACGGCAAGGAGAUCACUACAUACUAUCAGGUGGAACCAGGCACCAAGCUUUUCCCUGCAGUAUUUGCUAAAGCCACCAGUUCUAAUGUCUUCCAGUUUGAGCUCGGCCGUAUCAAGAAUGUGAUGCCAUUAUCAGCGGGAGUUUUUCGGAGUGAGCGAAGAAAUGCGAAUCCUAAGUGUCCUCCUAGACUGUGUGUUCAGCACCUAACACAUACACGGUGGACUCGAGUACCAGACCGCACACAGCCUGUGGAAAUGAGCCGUCUGGAGGAGAGAUAUGGUUGGAGAGCUCGCUGUUCUCACAUCCAGCAGAUCAUGACUCUGUAUAUUCCUGAAGAGAGCAGGUGUUUGGACAUUCUGGAACUCUCUGAAUCACAUGACCUCCUCAAGUUUCAUAACCACACCCUCCUCCUCUACUCUGCCCUCUCAGCUCAUGGAAAUGCACACGUAAGCCAUGCCCUCUGCAGCCAUGUGGACCAAUCGCAGCUCUUAUUUGCCUUGCAGUGCUCCAGAAUGCCAGGCCAACUGCGAACCAGCUAUUACAACCUCCUUAUCAACAUCCACCUCGAUGCCCACGCCAGUGCCAGGCAGACCAUGAAUCAUGAAUACAUCGUGCCAAUGACAAACACCACACAAUCUAUCACCCUGUACAAAAGCAAUAAAAAGGUGCAGAGGUUUCCAGGAAGUGACCGCAGCACUUCGUUAUGGCCCAUAAUGCGCUUCACAUCACCUUGCUUCAUCAGACCUAAUAAUAAAGUAGAUCUGGACAGUCCCGAGUUUCCAUUGGAUGUUUUGAAGGCUGUUGUGAUCGCAAUGCUAAAGGAAGCAGUGAUGGUGGUGGGACAGGGUGUGAGGGAUCCCACAGGGGGAAGUGUUGAGCUCUUGCUGAUUCCUCUGCUAAACUUGAUUCACACCCUCCUGCUGAUGGGUGUGUAUCAGGGGGCAGAUCUAGAGGCUGUGUUUAGUCUCAUCCUGCCGGCCGAGUACAUGAAAGCAACACGGAGAACAGAAGAGGUGGAUGAGCUUGGAGAGAGUGAUGGAGGUGAAGAGGAAAAAGAGGGUGGAGAUUGGAAAGAUGAUGUGCUUCUUCAGAUGAAGCUGCCAGAAGCUGUCAAGUUACAGGUUUGCAAACUUUUGAAGUACUUGUGUGACUGCCAGGUUCGUCACAGGGUCGAAGCGGUGAUAUCGUUCUCAGGUGACUUUGUAGGUCAUCUUCAAGAGAACCAGCGCUUUCGCUACAAUGAAGUUGUAGAUGCACUCAACAUGUCCGCUGCUCUCACUGCUCGCAAAACCAAAGAGUUUCGUUCUCCACCUCAAGAACAGAUAAACAUGAUGUUGAGCUUUCGCAAGGACUGUCAAGAAUGUCCUUGCCCAGAGGACAUCCAAGAUCUGAUGUGGGAAUUCCAUCAGGAUCUAAUGAGCCACUGUGGAAUUGAGAUAGAGAGUGGUUCGGAGAAUGAGAAUGAGGAUGACCUGUCAAUCAGGAAUCAUCUCCACGGCCUAGUGGAUAAAAUAAUGCAUUUAAAGAGGAGAAUGUCUGGCCUGCCUGAGGAGAUAGCGAGCAAACCUGUGUCUCUGCAGCAGCUGAUAUCAGAAACCAUGCUGCUCUGGGCUCAGGAGGAGACGAUUGAAGACCCAGAUUUGGUGCGCGCUGUUUUCAGUCUGCUGCAUCAACAGUAUGCCAGUCUGGAUGGCCAGAUGUCUGCGCCGCUACAGAAGGCUUACUGUAUCAGCCAGACGUCUGUGGAAGACACUCUUCACCUUCAGUGGGCUCUAGCAUGCAUCCGUUCAUUGCUCACGGCCAGGAUGGGAAAAGAAGAAGAGGAAUGCAUGAUCAGAGGACUGGGUGACAUCAUGAACAAUAAAGUUUUCUAUCAGCAUCCUAAUCUGAUGAGAGCACUGGGGAUGCACGAGACUGUCAUGGAGGUUAUGGUGAACGUCCUUGGUUCCAGAGAAUCCAAGGAAAUCAUAUUCCCCAAGAUGGUUGCGCACUGCUGUCGUUUCCUGUGUUAUUUCUGCCGAAUCAGUCGCCAGAACCAGAAGGCCAUGUUUGAUCAUCUUAGCUACCUGCUGGACAAUGGCAAUGUUGGACUUGCAUCUCCCUCGAUGCGAGGAUCGACUCCUCUGGAUGUGGCGGCUGCUUCUGUCAUGGACAACAACGAGCUGGCGCUUUCUCUUACAGAGGCGGACCUAGAAAAAGUUGUGCAGUAUUUGGGAGGCUGUGGUUUGCAUAGUUGUGCUCUGCUGGUUUCUAAAGGAUAUCCAGAUAUUGGCUGGAAUCCUGUGGAGGGAGAACGCUACCUGGACUUCCUGCGAUUUGCAGUAUUCUGCAAUGGUGAAAGCGUUGAGGAAAACGCUUACGUGGUGGUGAGGCUUCUGAUUCGCCGACCCGAGUGCUUUGGCCCUGCCCUUCGAGGGGAGGGGGGAAAUGGUCUUCUAGCAACCAUGGAGGAAGCCAUCAGGAUCUCCUACCAGCAAGACGGACCCAGUGCACACAGUUCCAGCAGGACACUUGACACACUUGAUGAAGACGAUCAUGACGUCAUCCACAUGGGACACGCCAUAAUGACCUUCUACUCUGCUCUGAUCGAUCUGUUGGGUCGCUGCGCCCCUGAGACGCAUCUCAUAGAAGCAGGGAAAGGUGAGGCCAUUCGUAUCAGGGCCAUCUUGAGGUCUCUCAUUCCCAGAGAGGAUCUGGAAGGAAUCAUCAAUAUUCCAUUCAGCUUACCUGUUGUGAACACAGAGGAUCUACUGGUCGAACCGGACAUGUGUCGGAUGUUUUGUCCGGAUCACAAAGCAGCCAUGGUGCUGUUUUUGGACCGGGUUUAUGGAGUUAAAAAUCAGCAGUUCUUGCUGCGUCUACUGGAGUUUGGUUUCCUGACAGAUCUGAAAGCUGCUGUUAACAUGGAUACUACGGGGUUAGGUGGAACAGACAUGGCACUGGCCAUCAACCGAUACCUAUGUGUUGCCGUUCUGCCGCUGCUGAGUAAAUACUCAUCUUUGCUGUGUGACUCCUCACCUUUACGGAGCGGGCCGGUGGACCAGCUGCUGCAGGGUGUCUAUAGCCUCUCUAAGGCCAGCGGACUCACCAAGGCCCAGAGAGAUGCCAUACAGGACUGUCUGCUGGCAGUAUGCGGAAAGCUGAAGCCCUCCAUGUUGCAGUCUCUGCUGCGUAAUCUUGUGUUUGACGUCCCGCAGCUUCCGGAAAAUUCCAAAAUGCCACUUAAGCUGUUGACCAAUCAUUAUGAGCAGAGCAGGAAGUACUACUGUCGGAGUGAUGGAUGUGGUGGCUUUGGCUCCGCCUCAGAGGAAGAACUUUGUCUGACCAGGAGGCUGUUUUGGGGGGUAUUCAGUGCUCUUGCCAAAAAAUCUUAUGACGCAGACCUGUUCAAACUGGCUCUUGGGUGUCUCAGUGCAGUUGCUGGAGCGAUUCCUCCUGACCACCUUGACCUGAGUUGCACCGGCGGAAGAGAGAGACACUCAGUGAUAGAUUCAGAGAGACGCUUUUGUCCUCAACCCCUGGACACCUUAAAUGUGACAAUCCCAGAAUGCCUUGAGUUUGUGGUGAACAAAUAUGCUGAGCAUACACACGAGAAAUGGUCAAUGGAAAAGUUUGGUAAUGGUUGGGUUCAUGGAGAACAGCUUUCUGAGAGCUCUAAAGUUCAUCCACUCUUAAAACCUUACAGAGCUCUGUCUGAAAAGGAUAAAGAAUGUUAUCGAGGGGUCAUUAAAGAGACGGUGAAAUGCAUGUUGGUCUUAGGCUGGACCAUUGAGAGGACUAACGAGGGGGAAUCACACGGCAUUCACAACCCAGCAAGGAGGAUCUCACAGUCUGGCAAGCUGUCUUUUGAAGGAGCCUCCACGUUCAGUCCAAAGCCUGUGGACACCAGCAGCGUCACUCUGACCUGGGAUCAGUAUGCAAUGGCGGAGCGGCUGGCUGAGAAUUAUCAUCACAUCUGGACAGCCAGGAAACUGCAGGAGCUGGAGAGUAAAGGAGGGGGCAGUCAUCCUCUGCUCGUCCCGUAUGAUGCUCUGAGUGUUAAAGACAAGAGUCGAGUCAGAGACAAAGCUCAGGAUGUUCUCAAGUUCUUCCACAUCAAUGGCUACUCAGUGAAGAGGAACAGAAAGGUGGCAGAUGCUGAUUCCCCAGCGAUCGCCAGCCGCUUCGCUUACGGCCUGAUCCAGCAAGCCCUCCGUCUCACUGAACGAGCCCAGGAGAGCGCAAUAGAGCUGGAGGAUGCUCAAGCCCGAGGGAAGAUUAACAGGGCUGAAAGAGUUCCUCACGAACAACAAACCUUCUUCAUUAAGGUUUUAUUGCCACUGCUAGAUCAAUACAUCAAAAAUCACCACCUUUACUUCAUGUUUACUACAGUGUCUUCCCUUAGAGAUGGCUGUCAGUCCACCAGUAAAGAAAAAGAAAUGGUUACUAGUUUAUUCUGUAAACUCGGAAGUCUAGCCAGGCGCAGAAUCUCUAUCUUUGGAAAUGAUGCCCUUGCUUUGGUGAACUGCCUACAAAUCUUGGCACAGUCCCUGGAUGGAAGGAUGCUAAUGAAAACCACCAGUGAAUCUGUCAAAGGGGCACUGGAGUCAUUCUUUGAAGCUGCAGCAGAGGAUCUGGAGUUAAUGGUGGAAAACGUGACUUUAGACGACCUGAACCGAUCCCAGAACAGGGUUGACACUGAGCUCAUAACAUACACCACCACUGCCCUGAUCCCGGUGCUCAGCGCCCUCUUCCAGCACGACUCCCAGAGGCAGAGCGGAGCUGGACUGAUCCUGGAUGAAGUGCAGUCCUGUUGUUACAGAAUCCUCAGCAGUCUUUACAUCCUUGGCACCUGCAGCGGCACCUUUAUCGAGAGGCAGAGGUCGGUCUUGGGGGAGUGUCUGGCCGCAUUAUCUGCAGCCUUUCCCGUGUGUUUCUUGGAGCUGAGUGACCUUCAUUCUCGCUCUGACACUUUGAGUAAUGAAGGUGAGAAAGCCUGUAAGCUCCUCCCCAAUUUGCACGAGGCUUUCUUAGAGGUGGAGGAGCUGGCAGGGGCAGGGUCAGCGGCUCGCCAUGCCCUUUUAUUGAAGGUCACAGAGGUCACGCUUCCGCUACUGUGCAGUUAUGUGUCUCGAUGGGGUGAAGCUGAUAACCGGGCAUCCCAGAAGAGCCACUGUUCCUCAGUCACACCCCAACAUGCUAAUUCACUGCUGGGUCACAUCCUCUUCAUCAUACAUGCUCACCUGGGGACUUCAGACAGUGCUUGGAUGAAACGCCUCGCAGUAUUUGGUCAACCCAUUAUCAACAAGGCAGAGCCACACCUCCUGAAAAGCCACUUCCUGCCUCUGAUGGGAAAGUUGAGGAAGAGAGCGGAGUCAGUGCUGCUGGAGGAGGAGCAUUUGAAGAUGGAGGGGCGUGGCGAUGUCUCAGAGCAGGAGUUAGACAUCCAGGAGAGGUUUACCAUAUUGGUUCAAGACAUCUAUGCGUUUUACCCUUUGCUCAUUCCUUUUAUAGACCUCCACAGAAUGAGUUGGCUGAGAGAGGUGAAUGCAGAUGCUGAGAAGCUUUUCUCCCUUGUGGCUGAAGUGUUCAUUUUCUGGGCUAAAUCUCAUAAUUUCAAAUGGGAAGAGCAGAAUUUUGUGGUUCAGAAUGAAAUCAACAACAUGGCAUUCCUGGUGAACAGCAGCAAAAGCAGAAUGAAUAAGGGAGGAGUGUUCAGCCAGGAGAGGAGGAAGGUGAAGAGGAAGGCUGAUCGUUACUCCACACACACCUCUCUCAUUGUGGCGGCCCCCAAAAAACUCCUUUCUGUAGCCAUGAAUGGAUGUUGCCAUGGUGAUCAGGGCCUGGUCAGCCAUGCCAAAAGCCGUUUUGCUCAAAGGGACACAGAAGAAGAGGUCCAGGCAUACAUUCACAGCAUCCUACAACAGGAUCAGUGUGAAAACUCAGUAGAUCCCUUCAGAGUUGAGAGGAUCUUGAGCAUCGCUCGUGUUCUUUUCCACCUCGAUCAGGUGGAGCACCCUCAGAAGAUGAAGAGGCCAGUAUGGUAUAAGAUGUUGUCUAAACAGAGGAAACGCGCUGUAGUUGCCUGCUUAAGAAUGGCUCCUUUGUACAAUCUCCCCAGGCACCGAGCGGUGAACCUCUUCCUGCAGGGUUAUGAGCGAGUCUGGCUGAAGGCUGAGAAUGACUCACCUGAGGACAGGCUAAUUGAAGAUCUGGCUAAAGCUACUCAUGUUGAGAUCCUGAAGGAGAGAGCGGAGCAGAGAAACAGCAUUGAUCCACUUCAUCAGCUUAUCAAUCUCUUCAGUCAAUGUGCCUUGACUCAGAGAAGUAAACUUGAGGAGGAUGAUCUGUACAUGUGCUAUGCAGAUAUCAUGGCCAAGAGCUGUCAAAGUGAGGAAGAGCAGGAUGAAGAUGGCCUGAAAUCAUUUGAGGAAAAAGAGAUGGAAAAGCAGAGGCUGCUGUAUCAGCAGGCCCGACUUCAUGAUCGUGGAGCUGCUGAGAUGAUCCUACAGAAGCUCAGCGCCAGCAGAGGUGAUAUGGGGCCUAUGGUAGCAGCCACAUUGAAGCUGGGCAUUGCAAUCCUGAAUGGAGGAAACACGUCUGUCCAGCAGAAAAUGCUGGGUUACCUGCGGCGGAAGAGAGACGUGGGCUUCUUUCACAGUCUGGCCGGCCUAAUGCAGUCUUGCAGUGUGCUGGAUUUGAACGCGUUUGAGAGGCAGAUCAAAGCCGAGAGUUUAGGAGUGGGUGCGGAGGACAAUUCAGGCGAUAGAGUAAUGGCAGAUGAACAGCUGACCUGUGAUCUUUUCAGAUUCCUCCAGCUUCUUUGUGAAGGCCAUAAUUCUGAUUUCCAGAAUUACCUGAGAACUCAAACUGGAAACAACACAACGGUCAACAUCAUCAUCUCUACUGUGGAUUAUCUCCUCAGGGUCCAGGAGUCCAUCAGCGAUUUCUACUGGUAUUAUUCAGGGAAGGAUGUGAUUGAUGAGCGUGGUCAGCACAACUUCUCCAAAGCCAUCAGCGUGGCCAAGCAGGUGUUUAACACGCUCACCGAAUACAUUCAGGGUCCAUGCACAGGGAACCAGCAGAGUUUGGCUCAUAGUCGUCUAUGGGACGCUGUAGUCGGCUUCCUUCAUGUGUUUGCCCAUAUGCAAAUGAAGCUUUCUCAGGAUUCCAGCCAAAUAGAGCUGCUGAAGGCUUUGAUGGACUUACAGAAAGACAUGGUAGUAAUGCUGCUUUCCAUGCUUGAAGGAAAUGUAGUGAAUGGAACCAUCGGCAAACAAAUGGUAGACAUGCUGGUGGAAUCAUCCAGCAAUGUGGAGAUGAUCCUCAAGUUCUUCGAUAUGUUCCUCAAACUCAAAGACCUCACAUCAUCAGAAGCCUUCCGCGAAUAUGACCCAGACGGCAAAGGACUAAUUUCCAAAAAGGACUUCCAGCGAGCCAUGGAAGUGUUCAAGCACUACUCUCAAUCUGAGAUUGAAUUCCUGUUAUGCUGUGCGGAGAUGGCAGAAAGCGAGCUGCUGGAUUACCCAGACUUUGUGACACGUUUUCACGAACCAGCUAAAGAAAUUGGCUUCAACAUGGCCGUUCUUCUGACCAACCUGUCUGAGCACAUGCCCAAUGAUGCCCGCUUGCAGAAUUUCCUGGAACUAGCAGAUAGUGUGCUUAAGUAUUUCCAUCCUCAUCUUGGAAGGAUCGAAAUUCUCGGCAGCGGGAAACGAAUCGAAAGGGUCUACUUUGAGAUCAGCGAAUCCAGCCGCACACAGUGGGAGAAACCACAGGUAAAGGAGAGCAAGCGCCAGUUUAUCUUUGAUGUCGUGAAUAAAGGAGGCGAGAAGGAAAAGAUGGAGCUGUUUGUCAACUUUUGCGAAGACACCAUUUUUGAAAUGCAGCUUGCUGCGCAAAUAUCUGGAACAGAGGGUGGAGAAGAACUGAAAGUGAAGAAAGGCAAGGAAGAAAAAGAGGUGGAGAAGACAGAUACUCUUCCUGAAGACAAAAGAAUGACCAGAGACUUGAAUUGUUUCUCUGUAAGGAACAUCAGAAAACACAUAAAGAGUAUAACUUUGAGGAGUUUAAUCGCAAUCAUCUCCUCUUUAUUCCACAAUGUUCUGCUUUUCAUCACUCAAGCCUUUUUAGGCUUACUCUGGUUUUGCCUUUAUCUGCUCUACCACAUCUUCUUGAGUGGAUGGAUUAUUGACGUAGCUAAAGAGAUGAAAUUGACCGACCUUUUUGGUGACCUUCGAGAUCCGACCAUGGUUGAGGCUAUAGGAGUGCAAGACGCAUUCAGGGAGAAUGACAAUCAGGCACGUGUGUUUUCAUCUCGUGGUAAUCUCAGAGGCAUGAGUCUGGAUCUGUCUGCCGUGUCCAGGGACCCACAGCUUCUUACAGAUAUUUUCGGCUUAUGUCUGAAAAGGCAAGGAGGAAAGUACACAUUAUCGAGUGGAGACCAUAGUGCCAGUCUGGAUGAAUUUCUGAACACCUCCAAAUAUCAGGUUGAAAUCUGUGAGGAGGAUUUUCAUGCAGUGCAAGAUGAGGAGGAGGAUACAGAGACUAAGAAAGCUUUUGAUGAGGAUAAACAUAACAAGGAAAAGAAGACUAAGAGGAGAAUCCGAAAGCUCAGCUCUUCAAAUCCAGAUGAAACUGAAAUCCAGGAAUCGGCUGUUUGGAAAACGAUCAGCUCUCAGAAGACCAAGCUUCUGAACUGUUUUGCAAGAAAUUUCUACAACAUGAGGUUGUUGGCUCUCUUCCUCGCUUUUGCCAUUAAUUUCAUUCUUCUAUUUUACAAGGUUUCAUCAACCAUUGAUGAUGAAGAUGUGGAUGGGUGCAGCAAGAGUUCACAGGAAGUUUAUUUUGAACUAGAAGAGAACGGUGGCUACAUGAAAAUGAUUCUUCACUGCCUGGCUGUACUGCACACACUCAUCUCUCUUUGCUGUAUCAUCGGCUACUACUGUUUGAAGGUUCCUUUAGUAAUUUUUAAGCGAGAGAAGGAGCUGGCUCGUAAACUGGAGUUCGAUGGACUCUACAUCACAGAGCAACCUUCUGAAGAUGACAUUAAAGGCCAGUGGGACAGAAUGGUCAUCAAUACACCAUCAUACCCAAGUAAUUAUUGGGAUAAAUUUGUGAAAAGAAAGGUGAUGGCGAAAUACGGAGAGCUGUAUGGAUCAGCACGCGUCAGUGAGCUGCUGGGUUUGGAUAAAGCUGCUCUUGACUUCAGCUCAGGGGCUCAGGAGAGGAAAAGACCCGUGCAAAAGGGCGUCUUGUGAGUUACAACCCUCUCCUUUGGUUUAUUAAACACCAUUGAUGUGAAGUACCACAUAUGGAAGCUGGGAGUGGUUUUCACAGACAAUUCCUUCCUUUACCUGGCCUGGUAUAUGUUUGUGUCAGUUCUGGGUCAUUAUAAUAAUUUUUUCUUCGCCGCUCACCUGCUCGACAUCGCCAUGGGCUUCAAAACACUGCGCACCAUAUUGUCAUCUGUCACACAUAAUGGCAAACAGUUGGUUUUGACGGUGGGACUAUUGGCUGUAGUUGUGUAUCUUUAUACUGUGGUUGCCUUUAACUUCUUCCGCAAAUUUUACAACAAAAGUGAAGAUGGUGAACCAAUGGACAUGAAAUGUGAUGAUAUGCUCACAUGUUACAUGUUCCACAUGUACGUUGGUGUGCGAGCCGGAGGGGGAAUUGGAGAUGAAAUCGAAGACCCAGCAGGAGACGAGUUUGAGUUCUAUCGCAUCAUCUUCGACAUCACUUUCUUCUUCUUUGUCAUCGUCAUCCUGCUUGCCAUCAUCCAGGGUCUUAUCAUUGAUGCAUUUGGCGAACUGAGAGACCAGCAGGAGCAGGUUAAAGAGGACAUGGAGACUAAGUGUUUUAUCUGUGGCAUUGGGAACGAGUACUUUGAUACAGUACCCCAUGGUUUUGAGUCACACACACUGCAAGAACACAACCUGGCAAAUUACCUGUUCUUCCUGAUGUACCUCAUCAAUAAGGAUGUUACAGAACACACUGGACAGGAAUCAUAUGUGUGGAAGAUGUUUCAGGAACGCUGCUGGGAGUUUUUUCCUGUUGGAGAUUGCUUCCGGAAACAGUACGAAGAUCAGCUCAGCUGAAGAAUUCCAGUUCAGUUUGUAUUGUUGAGCUGAAAAAUACAGCACUUCUGAAUUAUGCCUGGGACUUUCCUCUGAUAAGAAGCUGACAUAUUUAUUAUCAGUAUUAUUUUGUGUGCUUGCUUGGUAUAUAUUA